AUGUUUGCAGGCUUAAGCUCGGUCUUCACCCUGGCGGCUACUUCCCUAAAAAGACUACACGCAAUUGCUCGCCCUCUUCGCCAUCGACAACUCACCUUACGCAGCUAUGCCGCAGAUUGCCAUAGUAACCCCAUGGAUCUUAUCGUGACUUUAGUUCCCGUUUUUCCCUUUAUAACCUAUAUUCAGGCCAGUUCUGUGAUAAUUAUUAGCUUGUCAACACCUUUGUUGAUAACUUGCAUUUCCUAUUGUAUUAUUUGGAGGAAGCAAUCUUAUAGAAAUCCCAAUGAAGCUCAAGCAAGAAAGAAUGUUCACUUAAAUAAGACGCUGCUACUGAUAACCACAAUAUUUGUUCUGUCAUGGUUGCCUUUUCAAGUUUUAGCAGCUGUUUUAAAUUUCUGCAUCUCGUGUCGACGUUUAAACAAAACUCUGAUAAUUUUACUAUAUGUUAUUAAGCUUCUUCACUAUAGCAAUUCCUUUAUGAAUUUUCUAGUUUAUUGUUUUAGAAUGUCAGAUUACAGAAAAGCGCUUUCACGAAUGUUUCCCCAAAUGCAGAUGCAGCCUUUAAAGAGUCGUCGAGUCUCAGUUUUAUCUGCUGGUCCACACUGAAGCAGGUCCCGUGCUUAAUAUCUAUCUCAUUUACUCUAUUAUUAAGCAAUUUUUCUAAUUUUUAUUUUUAUUAUUUUUAAUUUCAAGCAAUUUUUAUUAUAGACGCAUGCAGGCAGUAAGUAUUGACAAAAAAAUAAAGUGAGUUUUAGGGAAAGAUAUUUCCAGUAGUGUCCAACAAGUAAUCAGUGUCUUGCAUUAAAAUAAAAGUAAGUUUGCACUCAGUAGAACCCAUGUAUUUCCCUUACUAUUGAUUGUAGUUUACAAGGAAAGACAUUGUAAAUUUACAAUUUUGUCGUGGUUUCAUUGAUUGUUAUCAUGAAAGAAUGAACUUGGGAUCGAUGUCAAAUGUUAACUGAAUAACAAUACUAUAUCAAACAUUGCCAUCUGAGUAUGAACUUUUAAUCAUUAUGUUUUGUGUAUGGGUUUUUAAAUUACGUUUCUCAAAUUAAGUACUUUUAUUUUAGAAAUUUAAAUUAAUUUUCUCAAAUUAAGUAAUUUUAUUCUAGAAAUUUCUACGUAAAUUGACAGGUAAAAAUCGUAUUAGUUUUUUCUCCCCCUGUCUCUUUCUGCUGGAGUGUGACCUUUUUGACAAAGACAUCAGUUUAAUUGACGUUUGGAUCUGUAGGCGCGGUGACGCGUUUUCCUUUUGAUAGGUGUGACUCUUCGACUAAUGAAAUCCCAUCUACCGGUAAGAAUUAACAUGUUCCAAGGUUUAGGUGCCGCAAUACUGCAUGAAAGGUUUGUCAAUAUACCUUGCUUUUUACCGCGACAUCGGUAGGAUAAAAUCCUUUUGUCAUUUCCUAACUUCAGGGACCGCGGAGGGGAAGGGGCUGGUAGGGCCGCGGCCCCACCACUUUUUUGCGCCCCCGCCCCCACUUUUUGUGCUAAAAAGAAAAAAUAAUUAAAAUUUAAAAAAAGACUUGAAACAAGUUUUUUUCCGUCUAUAUUCCGCUAUAUUCUCUGUAUUUUCUUUAAUUUCAAACGCCAGGCAUUUUGUGAGGCUCCUGUGCUUUUCGCGGUAAUUGUGCCCUGGGGCCAACUUACCCCUUGAUCAAACGCCAUGCCUUGGCCACUCCUUCGCUUCGUUCGGCAGCGUGUUUUGUACUUCCAGCUUCCAGCAAAGUUUUUUAUCAGUUUUAUCAGACGAAAUGAAGAAAAUUACUAGCUUUUUCAAGCCAAACAAAGGUGAGUAGUUAUUUUGAGUUGAUAAAAGUUUUAUAUUUUGUCUUUCUCCUUUCGAAUCAAUGAAAUAUUCGAUGGCAAGAACAUGAAACAGCAGCGAUUCAACAACUUGACAGUACUUAAUUGUUAUAAGAAAUCAACGGAAAGCUUGGACGUGAUUCAGAUCGCAAACACAUUUGCCGGACGGAAUGAAAAUCGUAUGAAGAAUUUCGGUAUCUUCACUAAUGCCGACCUAUAAAGAGCAACAAAUACUGGAUAAAGUAUGCAAAGUCACGCGACAGAAACAAAUCAAAUACUAUGAUUUUAUUCCUUUUUUAGAUUUUCAAUAUGAAAAAAUAAUUUUCAAUUGUCAGCCCUCCCACGUUUCACCUUGCUCCGCGGUCCCUGAACUUACAUAGUGACAUCUCUUUUUAAUGGUUUUCGCAACGUUCCUGUUAUCAAAAGGAUUAUUUCAAAGUAAACAAUUGUUACUACUCUUAGCGUAGGUUAAUUUAUGGACUAAAUAGGCGGGACACGUUUUUCUGUUUUUAUAUACUCACUUGCAAGUGCUGUACACAAAUUGUACAGUUUCGCCUCUAGCUAACAAUUUUGUAAAAUUAAUAUACCUUAGAAUUUUGUAAAUUUUCAGUCUUAAUUGUUAGAAACAAUCUUAAGUUUGUAACUUUAUCUUUGCCUUUUUUACUUCCGUACACUACUGAACGAUUGCUUGGCCUUAUUCUAAUACGUUAAUCGUCAUGAAAAAAAUUAGAUUAGACUGAUGUAUGACUGUCUGUGAAGGAAAACUACUUUUACGGUCGCGGAUUCAUAAAUUUCUGAACGAGCUCCUAAGAGGCAGAUCAAUUCUGGUCUAAUCGUGUCAGAUGUUGGACAAUCGCAACCAGAAUGAAAUGAAUAACAAAAAUAUAGAUGAUUUGAGAUUUAUUUAGAAGGAAAGAUUUUCCCUAAGUUUCAGUCAGCACCAGCCUUUUGUUUGAGUUGAGUGAAAGUCUAGGAAUAUGACAACAUUUUUGAUUUUUUUUUCCUGUACCUGGCACCAGGAGCCCAUAAGCUUAUGGUGUUCUGCUGCCACCGAUUAUCAAAUUGGAACGAUAAAUAUUUUUAUACACUCCCGUAGUUCCCCCGAAAACUAUCUAAUUCCAGACCUAAAUGGGCAAAGUCUAUACCCGUUUUCAGACCAAAACAACGCAAAGCCUCUACCCUUUGGGGUGGCCUAUACAUAUGUGGCUUGUAUAAGGGAGUACCCCCUGGGGGGAAGUAAUGGAAUGCUGACGGAGAAGGUCGGAGAAGGUUCCAACUUAACAGGUGAGUGGUGAUGACGUGUCACAUAUGACGUCAUACAAUAUAGGCUGAGAAAUUUUCCACUUUUAUUGAUAUCAUGCAUGCUGUUUCACGUUAACCUUCGUUUUACACUCAUAACGUUUUUGUUUCUGCUUUAAAAAAAUCGCAGUUGAUUGUUGUCAGUAAAGUCGAACCGUCAUGUGCGACCACCUUCCAUAAGCGACCACCAGGAUCCGGCAAAACACAAAACCAUCCCCAGACAAAUCCCUAUAAUCAGAAUCUCUCGUAAACGUUUUUAACCUCUUGUAAGCGCCACUUGAGGCACGGCCAUGGUUUGAUCACUAUAUUCGCUGAAUGUCCUAUACUACUCACAGUAUGCGACCUUCAGUGUGCCUCAGUCACCUUAAAAUUUGCCUCUAAGCUAAUUUUCUCAUGCUAUUUUGGACAGUUAUUUAAAAUUGCGACGGCUUCUUUAUUACAAAGUGCGACACAGUUAUUACAAAUUGCGACAGUGCGAACUAACGGUAAGUUUUGAAGACAUUAAAAAUUUGGAUAUGAGGAUCUACUAAUUAUCAUCUCUCUACUAAGCUACUAGCCAAACAUGGUAAACCCAACCUACCUCCUUUCAUCUUCUUGAUACAACAGACGGAUACAGAACAUGUUUUAAACUGUCUUGGGAUCAUUCCAUCUUUCGUGCACCCCAUUUUCCCCCUCCCCUAAAAAGGAGAACGAUUUCGGUAAGGUUUGAAUAAACCCUUUUGCAACUUUGAAUUUAGGUAAGUUGAAACCACCAUUUUAGCGCACAGUUGAACGUCCAUGCAGCCACACUCGGGGCACCGCCAAGUGGCUUCUUGAUGGCUGUUGGCCACUCAACGAUUGGAUUAAUCUUAACCCUUGGACGUACAGGAGAGGGAGGGGGUAGGUGGCUGCCACCCCCCCCGUAAGAUUUUUCUGAUUUUUUUUCUUAGACGAUAAAAUAUCAGCACCGGCCUGAAGUUUUCUGUAGCUGUUCGUUUAUCCUUCGCGCACAUUUUGAGACAAGUUUAGUGAUGGUCAGUUACUAGCGGGGCUCCCGCGCGCGCGAAGCGCGCGUGGGACAGAGCCCCAUACUCAUGGAAUAUGGUCAACCUCUUUUCGUUUGGUUGUCACGUGAUUGACCGAGCGUACGUACGUACGUACGUACGUACAUACGUACGUACGCGUCUACAGAUUGUACGGGUGGGGUAGGGAAGACUAUCAAAAGGAAGGGAGGAGUGUCUCAGGCGUGUCUUGGCAAGUGGCCAUCUUUAAUAUAGGAUUUUAGGACAUUCACAAUAUGGUCAAUUGACAGCUGUCAAAAGAGGAUAGCCACUGACCAGUAUCCCAUGACCAUAUCGCGGGCUCAUGUGUCAACUCAUCGAGGUGACGUGAUUUAUUUGGAAACUGUCCGCUGACCAGUUAAUUGUUUUACUAGAUCGCGAACAAUGUUCAAUCUCAUACUUUUACUAGUUAAACUGAUAAUGCACACAUAUUGGACAUCAAUGUUUUGAUCAAUUGACAGCUGUCAAAACAGGGUACCCGCUGACCAGUAUCACUUGACCGUAUCGCGGGCUCAGGUGUCGACCCAUCGAGGUCAAGUAUUUUUUUGAAGUUAUCCGCUGACAAGUUACUAGUUUUCAAGUGAUCGCAGGCUCAAGUUCAAGUUUUUUCUAAAUUCAUAUGAAAUAUGUUGUGUUUAUGUGCUACACAAUUAAAAUUUUGAUUGCAAACUGACCUCGGACGCGAAAAUUCAGCCAGCUGUUACAGGCAGGGAAGACAGUUGCUUUUGACUUUUCUCACCAUGGUCACGCGUUGGUCACGCUCUACGUCCAAUUUUUAUGCUCUGAUUGGUCAAAAUUUGACAGGUGAGUUCAUGCGGAAAAUUUAUGCAGCAUCUUGAAUCUUGUUUACUUUGACAGCUGAAGCUGACAGAGUUUUGUGUCAACUUGUGAUGUUUUUAACUGUCUUUUUCCACUGGAUGUGCAAAAUGAAAUUCAGCUGCUAUCAGGAGUCCUCUGUUAUUCAUGGCUAGUUUGUUUAUUGGGUUUUUGGUUGAGGAAUACGUCGCUUGUCAAAGUCGGAAAUCCGAUUUCGGAUGGCAUCGUUUUCGUUUUCACCUUGCUUGAUGCGUAAGAGGAUUGCAAAGUCUGAAGCGAUACUGGCUUUUCUUGAUACCUUUCAGGAGCUGCAUCUCGAAUGGUAAGCCAGAGAAAUUAUUGUAUUUGAUGUUUGUUUUUUUGGAUCUAAUUUAAUGAAGUCGAGCGGAGUUUAUGCGGUCAUUUAGUUUAUGCACGUUUGUAAGAUUUGAGACAAUGAUCUGACCGAGUAUCAGGUUUGAUAUAAGCUUACAGAACUUUAAAAAGCCUUUAGACAGUUUCUCACCGCAAAUAGAAAGAAAACGUUCCAAAGAAUAUUUAGUUAUAAUUCUGGCCGGAAAAGAAAGCUUUGAGCGAUUUUCUUGCCUCGAGUUCGUCUUUGAAAAAAGCAAACACCGGGAAGCCGGCUUAAAACAUAAACUUAAGCUUGAAGCUUGAAGACUCAGGAUUUUUAGGGAUACUUUAAUACUUGUCUUCCUGAAUGAAAAUUGUUGUUUCUGUAUAUGUUUCACCGAAUUAUAUUUCUUUUAUUGAUUGUUAGUAGUCUCUCUUGUAAUUUUAAUCGCUGUGCCGAUUGUUUUCAGUCGUUCAGUGAACAUCGCUUGCAGGAGUACUCAAAAUGCCGCGCGUUAAUAAACCAUUAAAUAAAAAAUAAACAGAAUAAAUUCUUUAUAAUGUUGGAGCGUAACUCUGUUAAUGUUCAUUCAAACACUCGCCACAGCUCGCACUACAAAAGUGAGAACCGGAUGGCCGUAUAGGUGAUUUUGGAAAUUUUUUUAACAGUUUAUGAAUAUUGAAUGAGUGCAAUUUGUAUUGUGAAAUACUGCUUUCUGUCCAAGGUCUGCCGGUAUGAUAAAAACAGCGCCUCAUACUACUGUUUCACCUCAGAUGUGAUGUAUAAAUGGUAUAAAAGGUUGGUUUACACGCACCCAGAUUUGUUGACAAGAUUUUGCAAAGUAAACUUGUCGAACGCAAAAAAGUUGGCCUGAUUUUUUUUUCCACUAAUUAAUCUACGGUGAUCAAGAGCCAUUAUGGCUCUUAAAUGUGAUCGAAGAUGAUUACCAGUUUUUGGGUGUACAUAUGAGGCUAUCAACUCGAUGUAUUAUUUGAUUCACUCUUGGGCUGUUUGCAAAUUAUUUUUCUCUAAAAUCAGGUAGCCUUUCCCUCAAAAGUCACAUAAAUGUGUUCUAAAGUUAACUGAAUUGUGGAAUUCGAAUACAAGUUUAUUAUUUAAUUUAAAUUAUAAAUUUAUUAAUGGGAGCCUCGCUUUUAGCCCUGGCUAAAUCUAUAUAUUAUGGUUACGAGAUAUGACGUCAUAAGUAGCAAGUGGUCGAGCCUUUUUUGAGUGAAAAUGCAUGUUUUUUCAACUUUGUUCAACAAUAAAAGUAAAACUUGUGGAUGAAAUGAUGCAAAGUAAUUAUUAAUGUGUUAUUUUACAUGUUAAGCGCAAAAAAUUAUUAAUUCUCACUGUUUUUACCUGACUUCUAAUGCUUGAUAAAAUCCAACAUGGCGACCAUGUUUGGUGACGUCACAGACCUCCAACACCGCCACAACUCAUAAAAUAUACCUCAUCUUGUAGAGAAGAUCAAAGGCUUUUCACUGAAGGCAAAACCGUUUCGAAAUAGUGCAACAUACCAAAAACCCAAGGGGGGAGGGUUCCAUCACCCCCCCCCCCCCCUUGUACCACGAUAGGGGUAUGACUUUACGUGUACGUCCGAGGGUUAAUUAGCAGAAACAUCAUUAAAAAAACAACAAACAAAUAAACAGGCGACGGGAGCGGCAUUACUGAUCAUUACACAACCGGUCAUCAUGACUGUAUUUUCCUUCCCCAUAUUUUGAGAAUGUAUCAAGCGGUUGAUAGCCAUUAAAACAGAGGCUUAAUUUUCAAUUUUUCAUUCUACCGUCAUUAUUUUGGAAAUUUAAUAAGUGGCCACUCAAUAAAAUGAGGCAGCAUAAUAGCUGGCCGCUUAAUGGAGGUUCAUUAACAGUUAAUGAAUGAGGUUGAGUAUCUUAUGAAGAAUUAUUGAGAUCGAGGAGGGUGUUAUCCGUCAACGCCAUAGGCCGAGGCGGAUAACACCCUCCGAGAUCUCCAUAAUUCUUCAUAUGAUACGAAAGCCGAAUUCAAUAACUGUUUUAUUAUUCAUUCAAAAUAAUUCCUAGUUUAAAAACAUAGCUAAAACAUGCUUACCUCCAUCGAUCCAUCGAUGCUCAGUUCAUCUUCGAUACUGUACGUUUAGGUUUGUCCAGCUCCGCAAAUAUUCUCCAGAUAACAGAUGUCGCCCUUCGAGUUGUCUUCUUGCUGUUCUUUCCAUGUUUUUAGCUAUGUUUUCGCCUAGUUCUUACUCUUGAAACGGGUGAAAUUAAAUGUCCGCCAUUUUUUCAAGUUCCCAACCAAAACAACUCAACCUCGUCCCCAGGUCUUCUCGGUUAACGGUGCCUUAACCUGCGAAAAGCUGCAUUUUUGACGUCAUUUCCUCAUUAAAGUCAAAUUUCUUCCAAAUUUGGUCAACAGUAACUGGUUAUGGUGAAUUAAACGUGUGCUUUUAGCCAAUCAGAAUCGGGGAAAUAUUUUUGAAUGAAUAAUAAUGUAUUUUAAAUCAACUCUUUGCGUUUAGUAUAAUAGAGCGACGCUGGCGUAGAGUACAGUAGCCUAGUUAUGUCCGGAAAAUCAGUGAAACGAAAGUGGGGCGAAAACGGUGGCAGGAAAUAAAACUUGCUUACCAUGAUUAUGUUGAGUUUUCGCUAUUUUUUAUUGUCAUAUAGGGCUUUAUGUUAAACAACUAAAUUGUUUUUUGUUUUUUUUUUAAACCAGACAGCCAUGCGUGUUAAUGAUAUGACCGCUGUAAUGACUAGUUUAGUUAGGAUUAUUAUUGGUUGUUUGAGAAGAGUUUGCAGGUGUCGCCCACGACUUCCCUCUCAGGUUAUUGCUAACAACCAUCACAAAACACGUACGCAGUUUGAGCGCGGUCUGACAUUACUUUCCACAGCUAUCAGUACCGUUGUACUUUUUUCUCUUAGGAUUUCGUUUAGGAUUACGAAGAAGCACGGAAACUUGGUGAGACAACGUCUGUAAUUUUACUUUCUCUUAGAAAACUGUCUUCUUCACGUCUUUUUUGUACUAUUUAAUUAAAAAUGGCACAAUUUGCUUUUAUGAACGGCUUCAUGAAAUUAAAGUAGCGCCUAUAUUUACUUAAUUUUUGAACCGUUUCAAUUUUACAAACAUAAAUCUAGCUGGACUUUCAUAGAUAACGGGACUACCCAAAACUCGUUGUUGUUCAAGCAAGUGUUGUUUUGUCGUUCAAAAACGAAAAGUGCGUCAGUUGCAUUUUUCUUCCUUUCCUCUCCUAAUCCUUUCUCCUCGCUCUCUCUCGCUGUACAUGCAAGCUAUGUAAAGCUAAGACAUGAGCCUACACCAGGGGGCCGUUUCCCAAACUUAAAGUCCCACAGCUUUUCAGGCCCGAGCCAAAAUCUGAACAAUGAAAGCGCGGGUCCUAGUUCAAAAACAAAACAAAACAAAAGAAACAAACAAACAAACAAAAAACACAAAAAAGCAGUCCAUUUUGUUUGGUGACCGAUGGGUAUGUUAUCGGUGACCGGUAAUUGCCGAAACUUCCGAGGAAAGGACCCGGGACACGAUGGGAACGACGAAAAUUGAGCCUACAUAUUUUUAUUCCUUUUACAGUUAAAAAUAGGCGCCGUUUUCGCCAAAUGGACUUCAAAGAGUGGAACCUCGUCUGGAGUUUGUCUUUUGGGCUGUUGUCCUUUCUAAUCAUCGUUGGAAAUGCUAUAUCCAUAUCAAUACUUUUCAAGAGAAGGCUACGAAAGCGUCCUCAUUUCUUGUUAAUUAGCUUGGCUUUCGCGGAUCUCUUGGUUGGAAUAAUUCCAGUGCCACUUUACAUCAUGAGCCAAGCAGAUAUACCACAUUUUAAUUCAACUACUUAUGUGGUUUUUUUAUGCGUGGAUAUGUUUGCGGGCUUAAGCUCGGUCUUCACCCUGGCGGCUAUUUCCCUGGAAAGACUCCACGCAAUUGCUCGCCCUCUUCGCCAUAGACAACUCACC